AUUGACAUAAGUGAGCAGUUAGUAAAUUCAAUAAAUUAGAAGGGUAAAAGUCAAAAUCUGAAGAUUCCUCUGUCUCUCUAUCUAAAACCCUAACCAGUAACAACCCAGAACUUCAGAUCAUGUUUUAAAUAUCAAUUCCCGCCUCUCAUUGUUUCUAUAUAAUCACGCAAUUACUGCAUUUUUCCUCUAAAAAUACUCGAUUUCAUCAAAAGGUUAAUCUUUUGGUAAUCGAGGUUUAUAGAGGCAUCCAAUUCUGAUUCACUAAUUUACAAAAAUGCCUUGGUGUGACCAUUGCAAAAAGAAUACUCCAACAGAACGUGGAGAUGAUGGUUACUUGUGCUGUAUGGUCUGCGGAAAGGUUGUUGAUCAGGAUAUGUUCUCCUCUGAAGUCACAUUUUUUAAAGGCGCUGGAGGCCAGAGCCAAAUGUGUGGAAAUUUUGUGAGGAGUGUGGAAAGUGAUUACUCAGAAUCAUAUCAUAGGACAUUAAAUAAAGGAAGAGAUGAAAUCAGUGAUAUGGUAAUAAGUCUUAACAUAGGUGGUGGUGAUUCUGUAAUUGACGAAGCAGCUCAGUUUUACAAGAUAGCGGUUGACAGAAAUUUCACCAGGGGGCGCAGGACGGCACAGGUUGCAGCUGCGUGUCUUUACAUUACUUGUCGAGAAAAUAAAAAGGCAUACCUUCUCAUUGAUUUUUCAGAAUACCUGCAGAUAAAUGUUUACGUACUAGGAGCUGUGUUUUUGCAGCUCUGCAAAUUGCUGAGGCUUGAAGAACAACCUUUUGUUCAAAAACCUGUUGAUCCUAGUCUUUUCAUUCACCGUUUCUCGGAACGUUUACUGGGAGAGAGGAAUCCUGAUGUGCCUAAGACUGCGUUGCGCAUCAUAGCUAGCAUGAAGCGAGAUUGGAUGCAGACUGGACGAAAACCUAGUGGCUUGUGUGGUGCAGCAUUAUACAUAUCUGCACUUUCCCAUGGACUUAAGUACUCGAAGGCAAAUGUUGUAAGUGUUGUGCAUAUCUGUGAAGCAACAUUAACUAAACGUUUGGUUGAAUUCGAGAACACCGAGUCGGGGAGCUUGACAAUUGAGGAGUUCGAGAUGAAAGCAGUUGAAUAUGAGAAACAAGGUAGUUCACAAGAGCUAAAUCUAGCAACUAAAUCAUGCGAGAAGGUGGAAUUACUUUGUGAACACAAAGGCACCGGAAACCCUCAAUUCGCCCACGGGCUUUGUAAAGCUUGUUAUGAUGAUUUCUUUAUUCUCUCAGGAGGACUUCAAGGAGGUUCAGAACCUCCAGCAUUCCAGCGUGCUGAAAGGGAAAGGGAGAGAAGGGCGAAAGCCGCUACAGACAGCAAUGCAGAAGAAUCAAGUUUGUUGGAGAAAAGUUCAGAGCAUCUCUCCAUAGAGAACCAAGAUGUCAUUGAAAAAGCGAAACUGCGCCCCACACCAUCACAAUGUACUGAGAUGCAAGAAGGUGCUACAGCCGGCCAUAAGGCAGUAGAGGAGGGUGCAUCUGAUCAAUCACAGUGUGAUGAGGGUAUGGAUGGUAUUGCUGGUGAUGAAUCAGAAAGCCUGUCUGAUAUCGACGAUGAUGAGGUGGACGGGUACCUUCACAAUGAGGAUGAAAAACGUUAUAAGAAAAUAAUCUGGGAAGAGAUGAACAAGGAGUACAUUGAGGAGCAAGCAGCUAAAGAAGCUGCCGCAGCAGCUGCUAAGGAAGCGUUUGAGGCCAAUUUUAAGAACUGUCCGCCAGGAGCACGGGAAAUUGCUGCAGCGGCUUUAGCUGGUGUUGCCAAGAACAAAAAGGAAAGGCAACAAAAAAGAGCUGCGGAUGCCAAGAAUAUGGCUCCUGCUCAAACUGCUGCAGAAGCCACUCGCCAAAUGCUAGCUAAAAAGAGACUCAGCUCCAAAAUUAACUACGAUGUCUUGGACAAACUCUUUGAUGACUCCACAACUGCUGAGGCCAUAAAAAAGAAGCGCAUCGAAUCUGAUAAAAGUGACACACCUGCUAAAGUGGAUGUAAAGGGCAAGGAGGAUGAAGAACCUGAAUCAGAUCUCGUAGACAAUGAGGAUUAUGAGGAAGAUGGCAAUGGAGACUACUAUGGUGAUGAAGCAUCAUAUUAUGGAAAUGAAGAAGGCGGGUAUGGUAAUGAUGAGGACUAUGGUUACGAGUAUUAGUAUGUGUUUGUAAUAAUUUAAUUUUGUGAUACCUGGCUGGUGUAGCCUUAUUUUUACCAAUUUCUGUUGUUAUAUCUUUAUUCUUUUCCCCAUAUGAACCUUAAUAAGUGGGUAAUAAGAUGAGGGUAGUGGUGUCUCUUAGUACGCUUAUGUAAAUUCAUAAUAAUAAGAUGAGGUCUUACAGAAAA